UAGGGGAAAUAUAUGAUAUUAGUAUACAAUUUUAUGUGAAAUAAGCAAAGAGACACAUAAAAAAAAAAAAAAAAACUAUUAGGAAAAUGUCAAUUAGCCUGAAAAUAUGAAUCUUAAAAUCACCUCCAAUUGGUCAGCUAAAUUAAACUUAAAUUUAAACAUAACACAAUAUAUUAAUAUUUACAUUUAAUCAUUUGUCAAUCAUGGCGAAGUUGAAGGGCGUACUUUUUAUACAUACAUGUUUGAAAAGAUCAUUUUACACGGUAAUUUUUACAUCAGUAAGUAUUUAGGCUACCAUUUAAUGAAUUAAUUAAUUAAUUUCUGGUGCAACUGCUCCUUAAAAAAAACAGCCAAUAAGAUUGAGGGGGAGGGUUUAACAGCGCUAUUCUGAGACCAGUUAUCAGUUUCUCUCUUGUUGUAAUGUAUUUUAGUGCUCGAGUGUUUUUGGAGACUGUAAAUUGUAUUCUCUGUUUCUUUCCCCAUAAUUAUUUCCAUUGUGUCAGUUCUGUGAUUUCCCCUUUAAACGCUGCCUUGUUUAGUGGUUUAUGAAUAUCCACUUCAGGAAGUGCAGAUGCUUGUUUUGCUCAUUAGUCAGAUCUGACGCUCCUUAAACAUUUUAAAAUGUGCUGCUUCAGAACACGGCAGCUCAUUGGCUCUCGCGUACUUCCUGUUUCCUGUUUAAAUGAGAAGCGCGCCUUCACGAAGAGAUUCGAGGCUUUUAGCGAACAACUAAAAUCCUUCUCUGAACUCCACACAGAACUAUAACACAGCGAUAGCGCUCAUCUGAAGCACUGUACACGGAGAAAGAAAGUUAAAGUCACUCGUACAGCAGACGAAGCGUGAAGCUGAAGUUCUGAAGACACAGAGAGAUGAGAAGCAGAAGUGAUUGAUUGCCCAGAUGGAUCCAGAUCUGAAUAAAGAGCAGCUGCUCUUUCGAAGUUCAAUAGGUCUAGGUUAAAGCCGAAUGAUCAAGAAAUCAUGGAUUAUAUUUAGUGUUUGUUGAAUUUGCAUCAUGAUUCUGUUCGCGUGUGGAGAUGAACUGCAGGAUCUGGAUGAGCACAGACUGUUGAUAAAUCUGGAAAGAUUCAUUGUUUCAGUGAAAGCUCAAGUCCAAGAACUUUGCAGAAUGAAGGAAACCGUUGAAAGGUGGGAAGUUUAUCAUGGAGCAGAAUGAGCGUCAGCAGGGACACUCAUGUUGACUCUGUCCUCCUGAUUCCCUGGCGGCUGCAGGGUCUCCUCCAUGGGUGUGACUGGCACUGAUGAGGUGGAUGGGAUUGCAGGUGGGGGGAGUGAAUGUCCUGCGCUCUCUUCCACCCUCAAUACCACAACCUCAGACGUGGAGAUUAAUGCUGUUGGAGAGGAUGCUACAUCAAUAGAGGGACAUGUGAAAGUCCUGCAGGACCAAUAUAGAAGGACACAGCCAGAGACUCACAUUGUUGAAGAUCGAAUGAGGAGGAACUUUGCCUGGAGGCGGCAGGAGAUUACUAGUGCUAUGACUGUUGAAGAUAUCAUCAACAAAUAUCCAUUCUUGAAGGGUCCAUCAGGGCUUUAUCAAGAAAUUGGUUUCCUGUAUAAAUGUGUUGAACUGAGCUGCCAUUUUCGAGAACAUUUUGGAAACAUUACAUCCAGCGUGCUACGGCUUGCUCAAGGGAAAUCCCCUUUAGCAAAGCUGCACAAAGAAGCUAGAGAAGAAUCUCUCUGUGAAGACCAUCUUGGAAUUGAUUUUAAAGCAGCACUUCUCAUGUUGCCAGCCUUGUUCAGAGAGAAACUUGAACAUUUCAUUGUGCUUGGAGAGAGUGAACCAUCUUCACCAUAUCCUACUGUUCAAGUACAGGAGACCACUGACUGGAAAACUGCAUUUACAAGAAGAGUCACUGCAGUCAUCAAAGUUGAUGGGAUCGAGAUCUGCCACGUGAACGGUGUGGAUGAAGGGGCUCUUGCAGCAUUUUGUGCUUAUUUCAUCUUCAAUUUGACACAUCCAUCCCAUCUGAAGAACACCCUGGUGUUUCUUCAGCGGUAUGUUUUGAAACUUACUGUGGAUGGUGACAAGCCUCUACCUACCCCAGUUACCAGAAUAAUUAACCUCUUACAGUAACAUCAGCAAAAAUCCCCCGCCUGUUCAAUUGCCCUAAAUGUUCUCGAAGAACAUUUACAAUCAUCAAAUUAAUCCAGCACAUUGGUCUCAUUCAUGCACAUGAGGCAAUUUUUUCAAUAACUUGUGGUCUUAAUGACUGUCAGAGAUCAUUUACGAAGUAUGCGUCCUUUAGAUGUCAUGUUUACCGAAAGCAUAAAAAUACGGUGUUACAACAGACUACGACUACUGACCCUCUGCCUCUGC